GAUGGCUAAGGAAAGGUGCCAGAAAAAAUCCUUUCAAGAUAGUCUUGAAGACAUAAAGAAGCGAAUGAAAGAGAAAAGGAAUAAAAACUUGACAGAGCUUGGCAAACGCAAAUCCUUCAUAGCUGCACCGGGCCAAGUACUCAACUUCACUUCUACACUGCUGAAAAGUACCCAACAAAACAACAAAAUGUUAGUUUUAGCUUUGGAAAAUGAAAAAUCCAAAGUGAGGGAAGCCCAAGAUAUCAUCCUGCAGCUGAGAAGAGAGUGUUACUACCUUGCAUGUCAGUUAUAUGCAUUGAAAGAAAAACUUGCUUCACAACAAACAAAAGCUGCUCAGAACCAGGAAAUACGUUCCUCUGAAAUGGACUCCAAUAGGGAUGACAACACCAGCGAUUUAUUUGUGAAGGAUUCACCGCGAGUUCCUCUUGAAGAAACUGACCUUCCAAGACACAGAGAAUCAUUGCAAAUAGAAGAACAAAUAUCUACUACUACUCAAGACACACUGGGAUGUGACCUUGAUUCAGAUGAAGCUAAGUCUACUGAUGAUGUAUUACCUAGAACAAUAUCUUUCCAUCGCCGUUUAAAGAAAGAUUUUAAUGAUAUAAGUCUGUUCAAUACUUGGAAUGACUUUGAAACCAGUCAUUUAGCAAGGCAGCCUUAUGAAUUGGAAAGAACUGAAUAUGUAGACCCAGGAGUAAACAUACACGUACCUGAAAAUGUAGAACAAAAUGUUUUUCAGUGGAACAAGGACCAAAUUAAUUUAUCACCAAAGCUCAUUCACCCAAGAAAAUUUACUAAAACAAAGGAAAUUAUUUUAGAAUCUAAAUCUGAACAAACUAAAAGUAAAUGUAAAGAUGCAAAAGGAAGAAAAAGAGAAGAGAAAAGAAAAGCUAACAGAAGUAAAAAAUCAAAAUCUACAUCAAAGCAUAAAAGAAACAAAAGUGAAAAUAAAACAAAUGUUUCCAACAGUAAAUUGGAUAAAUCUGUCAGUUCCAGUGAUGCUUACAAUUUUAAUUUAGAAGAGCGUAUUCAUCUCACUCCUUUCCGACAAAAAACAAGUGCUGAUUCUAAUAGAGAGGAAAACGACCAUAAGUCUGAAGGGAGCAUCUGUGAAUCAAGCAGUUCUGAAGAUGAUUUUGAUGACCUCUAUCUGCCCUCUCACAAGUACACUCAAAAUCUUGCCACCAGCUCAGGUGGAAGACCAGUCACUAGGCCUCGAUCUAAAAGAACACUGCAGUAUGCAGAUGAAAGAGAGAGAGAGGAUUCUAAGCCAACACAAACUCCUCCAAGUGUGCCAUCUGAGACUCACCAGUCACCUUGCUGUAGCCUAAAGGAUAUCACCAAUACUCCCAUGUCUUCUGUAGUGAAAACAAAGAAAUAUUCUCUUUCUCCAAAAAAGAACACAGAAAGUCCAGCAGUAUCUCUGCCCAAGCGUAGGUGCACAACCCACAUUAACUAUAAGGAGCCAACACUUGCUUCGAAACUAAGAAGAGGGGACCCUUUUACAGAUUUACAUUUUUUGAAUUCUCCUAUUUACAAGCAGAAGAAGGACGUGAGAUGUUCUAAAAAAAAAUAA